AUGAAAAAUCGUUUAGAUAAAGAUCAAAUUAUAAAUAUCCCCAAAUUGAUAAAUUUUGGUAUCAUAAACCUAGAUGAAGCAUAUGAAUCAUACCAUGAAUAUGAUUUAGAAAUUCCAGAUCAUGCAUUUUAUAUAUUAAUGGAAAAAUUACCAAUAGAUCUAAAUCAUAUUAAUCCAUCUGAUACUCAUUUUGAAUCUUUAGAACAACAACUUUAUAAUCUCAAUUAUGUUAUUAAGAGAUCACAUAAUGAUAUUAGACCUCAAAAUAUCAUCGUCUCUAGAGAUAGAGCAUAUUUGAUUGAUUUUAGUGAGUCAUCUGAAUGUAAUUAUGAGCCAAUAUAUAACGUUCCAAGAACUAGACGUAAAAGAUUUGAAAUAAGGGUUCCAUUUGAUUUGGCUAGGCUCAAAAGGUAUCAAAAUGACUUGAAGGAAAAUUAA